AUUAAUCUCACCUAUACGAAGCGAGAAUUUCCAUAUCCUCUUGAACACGGAAGUGAGUUCAGUCUGCUGCAUAGGUGGGUCAAAAGACUUACGGUUGUUUGAGGAAUACUCAUUGUCUUGACCAAAGUAAUCUGUAGCAAUGGGAAAGCAUGGAAAACAUGGACAUUAUAGAAGGAGUAGUAGCAGUUCUUCAAGCUCCAGUGAUGAUGAACGUGACCCCUAUAAAAGGCAAAAGAAGGAACAGAAAAGAAUACAGAAACUGAUAAAGAAGGGCAAACUACCAGUGGGAUUUGUUGGUCCGCUUCCACCACAGUACCAGAAGAUAUCUAAGAAAGGCUAUGGGUAUCCUCAGGGAGUACCAGGUGGGUACCCUGCACCUGGUGGGUACCCUGCCCCAGGAGGCUAUCCUAUGGGUUCCCAAGCCCCACCCCCAGCAGCAGGGUAUAACCCUCCACCCCCAGGAAUGGCCUAUCCACCCCAGCCUGGCAUGGCAGGAGGAGCUUACCCGCCACCCCCAGUUGCAUACCCACCUCCAGCAGGUGGAGCACCACCCUUCUCUGCACCUCCACAGCAACCAUAUCCUGGGCAGCAGCCGUAUCCUGGGCAACAGCCAUACCCAGGGCAACAGCCGUAUCCUGGACAACAGCCUUAUCCACAUAAGCCUUCAGGUGUAACUCCACCUAAUGGUCAGCAACCGGGUAGCUAUCCUGCACAGUCUCAAUCUGGGUAUUCCUCUGGGCCUGGUCAGCCACCUUCCAGCUAUCCAGCCCAACCACCCACAGGAUAUCCAGCCCAACCAUCUGGGUAUCCAGCCCAGCCUAGCACUGGGUAUCCGGCCCAGCCUAGCACUGGGUAUCCAGCCCAGCCUAGUACUGGGUAUCCGGCCCAGCCUAGUACUGGGUAUCCAGCCCAGCCAGCUGCAGGUAAUUAUCCAGCUCAGCCACCUGCCAGCUAUCCAGCACAACCAACAGGGUAUUCCUCUGGUUCAGCUCCGGGCUAUUCUCAGCCAUCUGCUCCUGCUGGUGCUCCAUAUCAUCCUUCAGCAGGUGGACCAUCAGCUCCACCUCCUGCAAGCUAUAGUGGUGGCGGUAUGGCUCAGGCAACAGCAGAAUUUGACAAGUUGAAGAUUGGAGGCACAGCAGAGCAGUUUGUUGGAACUAUACAUCCAGCAAACUACAUGUCAUUUAGUGCAGAAAAAGAUGCUGAAGUGUUGAGAAAAGCCAUGAAGGGUUUGGGAACUGAUGAGCAAGCUAUAAUUGGAGUUUUGUCCAAAAGGUCCAAUCAGCAACGACAAGAAAUAGAGAAAAUGUUUAAGACCAUGUAUGGCAAGGACCUUAUUCGUGAAUUGGAGUCAGAGCUGAGUGGAGAUUUAAAGGAGGCCAUCAUGGGUUUAUUUAAACCAAAUGCUUAUUAUGAUGCUUGGUCUCUUCACAAUGCUAUGGUGGGACUUGGCACCAAAGAAUCAGUGUUGAUUGAGAUACUAUGCACCAGAACCAAUGCACAAAUAAAGCAAAUUGUCCAAGCAUACAAAGAUCAUUUCAAACGUGACCUUGAGCGUGACAUUAUGGAUGACACAAGUGGACAUUUUAAAAGACUGCUGAUUUCAUGCUGCCAGGGUAACCGAGCUGAGCUUACUGAUGCUCAGUGGCAGCAGGUGUUCAGCAGCGGUCCGGAGGCUGUAAUAGACAGAGCCCUGGCCAGGAGGGAUGCAGAGGAACUAUUCAGGGCUGGCGAGAAACAACUGGGUACCGAUGAGUCCACUUUCCUGAGGAUAAUGGCUACACGAAAUUACUAUCAGAUGAGAGCAACAUUUGAGGAAUAUGCUAAAGUAUCUGGCCAUGAUAUUUUGCAAGCAAUAAGCAGUGAAAUGUCUGGCAGUCUUGAAGAUGCUUUUACUGCACUAGUGAUGAGCUGCAGGGACAGACCUGAGUUCUUUGCCACAAAGCUACAUAAAGCUAUGCAAGGACUAGGAACAGAUGACUCCACUUUGAUCAGAAUAAUUGUGUCGAGGUCUGAGGUUGACCUUCAGAAUAUAAAGCAGGCAUUCCUUCGGAAAUAUGGGAAGCCUCUUAUGAAAAUGGUGGAGGGUGAAACAAGUGGAGAUUACAGGCGCCUUAUGUUGGCACUUAUUGGUGGAAACUAAUAAUACAUAAAUAAAAAAUAAUAAUGAAUAAUUCUGAAAAAAGGUUUACCCCUGAAUCUGGAAAGUGGAAGCAUAUAUAUCUGAUAAUAGCCAAUGUGUCAGAAGUCAUUACCAUAACCAAUAGUUAUGUAUUGCAAUAUAUUAACAUCACAUGUAGAGCAAAAAUAUGUUCACAUGAUAAAUAAGGCAUUACCUUUCAGCUCAUCAUGAAAGAAAUAAACUGGAUUAAUCAUGAUUAUUGAAAUAAAUUGGAUUUUGAAUAAUGUGAUUGCAAUUUUAUCUAUAAUGACGAACUUUUAAAAAAACUAUGUCAAAUUAUCACUUAUUUCAAUUUUAACAUUAGGGUAAUGUGGUGAAAAAUUGGACUAAUCCAUUGGUGCAAAUACUGUGGAAGAUGUGUAUCUGAUCUUGAUAUGUGGCAAAAUAUGUAGAAAUUUUUCAAAUAAAGCGAUCCGCUGUA